GUGCUGCGCGCGCGGGUCCACGUGUUGCGUCUGAGUGUGCGCGCCAGUGCGCAUCAGUCCUCCGCGUGUUCCUGUGUACGCGCCCGUGGUGUAUUGGCAGCAGCAGCAGGAGGAGCAGAGGCAGCAAGGGAGGAACCUGCGCUCGUGAGACCACGCGCGACGCUGGGAUUUGACACGAGCUGUGGGGCAGAGCGAGCGGAGCGCGGCGACACGCAGUUUGGGUGACGCUGAGCUGCUGCGAGCCACGGGCGUGAGGGGAGGAUCAGAGGUGUUGAGUGGGGGACGGGGACUGCAAGCGGGCUUCAGUUUGGUUGGAUUUGGCCACGUUCUUUGCGGGAGAGCUGCCUCCUGGAGAUGCGGCCGUGCGCACAAGUCGCAACAUACUUCAGGAUGCAGUGGAAUUCGUAACAUCUGGACUGCGUGCGGAGACAAACACCCCCAUCCACGAUACUCUCUCGGACUCGUACCCACACCUACGCUGCCGGCUCGAGCACAACACGCGAGGCGUCAUUCACGACAUACACUUACGUACAUGUGGACAUGCAUUUACGCGUGCAAUAUUAAUGAUAUACUAUACAUAAACGUAGUUAUUUACACACGCAUACUCGCUAACAUAUACUAAAACAUAUGCAUAAACGUAUACUACUACUACACGUAUUUGCAUGAUCGUUUAAUGAGCAUACAUGCACUGGUACACCCACCUACACACACUCGCUUAACCACAUACACAGGCGAAUAGACACGUGUACGUAUACAACAAACUGGUAUACACAAACUCAUACACACGUACAAACUGAUACACACAAAUACACAUACAAACUCAUACAUACAUACAGACACACGCACGCGUGUACAGGCACACGGGCACACACGCGCGCGCGCACACGUGUACGCACACACACGCGUGUACGCACACACACGCGUGUACACACACACACGCGCGCACACACGUGUACACACACACACGUGUGCACACACACACACGCGUGCCAUGGCCCGGCUGGGCCCCCUGUGCCGAGCUCCCCGGCUGCUGCUCCACUCGCUCGCGCUGCUGUGCUGCGCCCGCGCCUACAACGUGGACCUGGAGUCCCGGCUCGUGUUCACGGGACCCAAUGGCAGCUACUUCGGCUACUCCGUGCUGGGGCACAGCUACAGGGACUCCAGCUGGAUCCUGGUGGGAGCUCCGAAAGCCAACUCGGAUCUCCUGACGGAGACUGUGCACCCGGGUGCCAUCUUUAAGUGCCGGGUGCAGCCGAACGGCGAGCAGAGCUGCACUGAGAUGCUGCUGGGCUCGCGGCACAACCACCAAUGUGGGCGCACGUGCCUGGAGGAGCGCGACAACCAGUGGCUCGGCGUCAGCAUGGCCCGGCAGAACAAACCCGACGGCAAGAUCCUGGCGUGCGCUCACCGCUGGAAGAACGCGUUCUACGUGAGGGAGUGGAAGCUGCCGCAUGGCCUGUGCUACAUCAUCCCCGCCAGCCUCGCGCCCAGCGAGAGCACACACAUCAUCCCCUGCUUUAAAGAGCACCAGAAGAAGUAUGGGGAGGAGCACGGCUCCUGCCAGGCAGGGAUCGCGGGACUCUUCCUCGAGGAUGCGGUCGUGCUGGGUGCUCCCGGCUCUUUCUACUGGACGGGCACGGUGAUCCUGCACAACCUGACCACACGCGCCAACUCCUUCUACUCGGAGAGCGAGCGCCGUGCUGUCGGCUACAGCAGCUACCUCGGAUACAGCAUCACAGCGGGGCACUUCACACACCCGCAGAGCACGGAGGUCGUGGGCGGAGCGCCGCAAAGAGCCAACGUCGGAGAGGUUUACCUCUUCAGGAUUCAGCGAGGAGGUCUCCACAUCAUACGACAGUUCUCAGGGAAGAAGAUGGGUUCGUACUUCGGCUCGGCGCUGUGCGCCGUCGACCUCAACAGCGACGGCCUCUCGGAUCUGCUGGUGGGCGCGCCCACGCACAGCACCUCACGCGACGAGGGCCGCGUGCACGUCUAUGUCAACCACGGCAAUGGUGACCUGGUGGAGCAGGAGCCGCUGGUCGGAUUGAACGCUUACAACGCGCACUUCGGAGCCGUCAUCGCCGCGCUGGGCGACAUCGACGACGACGGAUUCCCAGACGUUGCGGUGGGGGCACCGCAGGAGGAGGAGUUCGGGGCGGUGUACAUCUACCAUGGCAGCCAGAACGGCAUCACUCACAAACACUCGCAGAGGCUGUUUGGGAAGAGUAUCGAGUCUGGAAUCAGCAUGUUUGGCCAGUCCAUCUCGGGUCAGGUGGACUUGGAUGGAAAUGGUUACCCAGACGUCGUUAUUGGGGCCUUCACGUCGGACGCGGCGGUGCUCUUCAGGACGCGGCCGGUGAUCACGGUGGAGGCGUCGGUGGUGCUGCCGCGUUCCGUGAACAUCACGGCGCCGCUCUGUGUGGACGGCGGACAGCCGACGCUCUGCCUCAACGUGAGCGUGUGCCUGCGCUUCCGCGGGCGCGCCGUCCCGGGCAAGAUCGAGCUCUUCUACAACCUGACGGCGGACGUGGCCAAGAAGGCCGGAGGUUCACGGAUCAUCUUGGGUCCGUACGCCGACGGCAUCACGCAGGUGUCGGGCAAGGCCGACCUUGCAUACGACAAGCAGUUCUGCCGCACGCAGCUCGCCUACAUCAAGCGGGACAUGAGGGACGUGAUCUCGCCGCUGGCGUUCGAGGUGUCCUACUGGCUGGGCAAGCACCACGUUGACGACGCGGGCAGCACCAACGGGCGGCCCAGAUUCCCCUCGCUGGAGCCCAUCCUGCGCUGGAACGACGGGCGCGGCAGCGUCGUGCGCAACAAGACCGUGUUCGAGAGGAAUUGCUUCAACGAGGAUUGCGCCACUGACAUGAAGUUGGAGGCCAAGAUGUUCGGCAAAAGUGCCAUCCAGACGGAAGAGCUGGUGAUCGGGGAUGGGCGUACGGUGUCACUGAACGUGACCGUGAGGAACGAGGGCGACGACGCGUACGACGCCACCACCACGCUCUCCUUCCCCAGCUCCCUCUUCUUCGUCAAGGUUUGGGAGCCGGAGGAGAAAUCUGUCAACUGUGAGCUGAAGCAGGAGGAGGAUCAGCCGAUAAACUCUCUCAAGUGCAGCAUCAGGUUCCCCUGCAUGAAGGCGCGCACCAAGCGAGAAUUCAGCGUGGUGUUCGACACGACACAACUCACGGGGAGCGAGGGCCCCUUAGAGUUCACCCUGCAAGCGAGAAGCGCCAGCCCCGAGCACGCCUCCAUGCUGGGGGACAACGACCUGGUGCUGCGCGUGCCGCUGCGGCUCCAGGUGGACACGACCAUGAAGGGGACGGUGAAUCCACCCUCAUUCGUGUACGGAGGAGAGGCCACCAACAGCAGCCAGUUCGUACGACUCGACAACGCCGACUGCCUCUACCAGUGGAUCAACUUCUCCCUCCAGGUGAUCAACUUCGGGCCGAGCCCCCUGCCCAGCUCCAGCGUCGAGAUCCUCAUCCCCAACGUCCUGACGGAGGAUGGGCCGGAGCUCUUCCACGUGCGGCACAUCAAGAUCGACAGCGCCAACGGGAAGUGCUUCAGCAAGGUGCCCUCGCAAAUUUGCCUCGUGCCGCACGACUCGGGCAGCUUCUUGCGCACGCUGUUCACCAUCUUCAACAAGUCCGGCCGCAAAGUGCUCGACUGCGCAUGGCGGGGCGGCUGCCUGGUCGUCGGCUGUCAGCUGGGGAACAUCGACAGUGGGAACUCGAUCUCCAUCAACGUCAGCACCCUGCUCAACACCAAAAUCCUGGAGAAGGACAGCUCGUCGGUGAUCCAGUUCCUGGUGGACGCGAAAGUGCACGUGAACCACAGCCUGCACAUCUACGAGGCACCGGGGGGCAACCCGGACGGCACCACGGUGGUGUUUGAGGCCCUGCACGACCUGCGUCCGCGUGGCUACGUGGCCGUGUGGAUCAUUGCGCUGAGCCUGCUCAUCGGCAUCCUCAUCUUCAUCCUGCUUGCCGUCGUGCUCUGGAAGCUCGGCUUCUUCAAGCGCUCGUACAAGGAGAGGAUGCAGGCGAGCAAGCAGGAGAAGGAGAGCCUGGACUGAGCGGCGCCGUGGGGGAGAGGGCGUGGCAGCGCCGCCGUGGCCGUCGAAGUGUCGUCCUGCGUCGCCCGCGCAAACAACCGCUGCGGGCAACUCGCCCGCCCGCUCGUUUGGCCACCAGCACAAAUCAUAACCGACUGCGAGAGUGAGCGUGGGCCCAGAGGAGGACGGGCGAUCGCAGUCCCUCGCGAGAGAACAAGUCCACGGCGCAUUCCGAGUGCGUCGCACAGGUGCCGACAUUCCGCAGACUUCUGUCUUUGCGAAACCCCUGGCGAGUCAAUCAAUCCUCCGCCCUGCUCAAGCUGCAAAAGCCGUCGUGGCCCCUUGCCGUCGGGUCAUCCUCCUGCCAAAUAAGAUGCGGCGUGCGAUGACGCUGCAUCUCUGCUUGUGAUGACCGGAGCGCUCGUCAACUUGGAGAUCCUCCUCCGCGGCGAGGGGAGUGCGUGCGGCUGCAUUUUGUGAAUUCCCGGCGGGGCGAGUGGAUCCCACAGGAGAGCCUCCUCUGAGAGUUCAUCUCGGCUGAACGACCUCGUAAACUUCUGGCAUCCUAGACGAUGAUGAGCGUUCGGGUUUUAAAGACACAGUGUAUAUUUUAUCAAGAGGACAUUUGGAAAAGUGCUGCCUUUUUGCGUGAAAUGAAUUCCCUCUGUUAGUAAGUUAGAGGGAGGCGUUGAACGAUGAAAUAAGAUGGUGACGCCACACGUGGACCUGAUGUGCUCACCCUCGAGAGCUGAGCGCUAAUCUCCCCUUUUCUCACGGAAAUCAGAAGAAUAUGUUUUCCGUGCCAGAUGCGACUCUUGGCGGAGCACAAUGCCUUUCCGGACACCGAGCAGAGACCAUCGCGUGUGUAUUCAAAACCCGCGUGUGACGAGGUAUUUUGAAGCUCUGCAUUUUCAUUUUUGGUGCUGCCUAUCAAACCGAGCCUUUGUCCAGUUAGCAAUGAAACUAAGCAUGUUUUAUUUACACGGUGAAUAAAACUACGCGGGCAAUAAAAGCAACGAGCCCAGCCGAUAUGAUCCACGAGCACAUUCGCUCCGCACGUGGAACAAUUUAUCAGCGAGGCCUUUUCCAUCCUCCACCCAUGGCAUUUCCGUAUGCCGCGAGUCCCCUCCUCCGACGGACGUUGGGGGUGCACGGAGGGCUUCGUGAGGUAGUCUGCCGCUGCCGCACUGGGAGAGCCGCCGUGCCUCGGCAUUCCACGUGGUGCCACCAACGCGUCGCACGACGCCAUGCACCACGGAGCCGUGCCGGCUAAUCUGGCCGAAGCUGGCACCUCACCAGCUUUGCCUCCAGUUGCCGUCGUCAUCCACUGCCGUCGUUGCGAUAGCGAGCAUUUCCCUUCUCGAGGUCUUGAGACCUGAACACGGCGCGGUAAAUGAACAUCCACGUGAAUUUUUUUUUUUUUAUAUAAAGAACUCAAUCAAAGAAUGCCAAAUAGUGUAACUGCUGUACGGUGCGACGAUUUUGCAUCAACAUUCUCUGUUGUCUUUUGUUCGCGUUACAAGUUGACCACUGUGUGGUGGGGGUGCGGGUUCUAUGACAAGUCGCAACUCGAGCGAGGACGACCGCUCGGAAGGUCCCGCUGGGGGGGGGGGGGGGGGCUACGAUGAAUUUAAACGUUCAGCAGAAACGCAGAGUAACGGAAGUUCUUGCGAUUCCCACUGGAAUUUAGAAUUCUUUCUGGGGUCCCCGAGCACAUGUUGUGGACUCAUUGUAAAAUAUUUGUGAGGGGCUGUUGGUGUGAGGAGGAGGAGGGGGGGUGCGCCGACAUUGAUCUGCCCCAGCUGACUGCCCGCCCGUCAAGGGGAGAGUCGCCCUUGGCGGAGUUGUUGCGGAGAGGCCCGGGGCGAGACACCCAAAUCGCCCUUCACCAAAUCAUUUCUUCCAACGUGAUUGCAGCACAUUACCUGUUUUCUCCACAACAAUGGCAAAUCACUUUAAACAAUUAUACGGUCUUUAAAAAAAUAGUACAAAUAUGUAAAAACCCGUUUAUUGAAGACAUUUAGGCGGUGUUUGUAUAGUGUGUCACACGAGUGUAGUUUUAUAUUCACACACGCAACUGCACCAUAGCGCUCACCGCAUUGCCGGACUCACUGUGGCCAAGUGAUGAAAUGCGUUUUAUUUUUGGCUCAAGUGGAAGAAAUCUUCCUGCGUUUGAGAUUCCGAACGUCUCGUUGAAUGUAGCCAAACACAGAAUGAUCGUCUCACAGCAGCGUUUGAAUAAAUUAAAACCUCCAGACGACUUCAUUUGUCGUUGCGUCUGCGCGCCUGCACCGUUUUUUGCUGCACAACUUCCCGAUGAAUCCUCCAGGAUAUGAUUCUCGUUGGAAAUCUACACAGACACUCAGUAUUGUACAACCGUUUCAUUAAAAAUACCUCUUUUUCUCGU